AUGCUUUAUAAAUGUACCGUCUGUAAAACAUCGAAACGGUUUGACAAUCCUGCGCCAAAUGAAAAUGCUUAUUGUGAUACUUGUAAACGUGUGAGAUGUUUCACUUCUGCAACUCAUACAACGGCAAAAUCUAAUCCAUUGACUUCUUCUGUUGUGCGACCAUUCGGAAGUCAAAAUGGUCUCAUUCGCUCGCCAAGUACAAAAAUAAUACGAUCUUGUGAUUAUUUCAAAUUGUGUCUUGAAUAUAUGCUUUCUUUGGGAUUUUCGAAAAGAUUUUUCAAUCGACAACAAAAUCGAUGUUAUUGUGAAAAAUGUUAUUUGACUACUAGUAAAGAUUUUUUUAUAGAAGGAGGUUCAAAAUAUGUUAUACCACGUGGGUGGGUUCGUUUUGGAUUGUAUGUUGAUCAGGUACAAGCAGAAGUUGAAGAUAUAUGGAAUAAAUGGGUUGUCAGUUAUCAUGGUACAAGUCCUGAGGCAGCGAAAUCUAUUAUAGAACAUCAUCAAUUUCUACUUCCAGGUGAUCAAUGUAUUAGUGGAUUUGUUAUUAAAAUACGUGAUGGUCAUAUUCCAGGUAAAUUUCAAGUAUAUACAUCACCAAGCAUUGCAUAUUCAGGUCAUGAUAUCUACUGUCCAUCUAUUCAAUUUCGUUCUAAUACAGGACAAUUAUAUAAAGCUAAAGUCGUACUUCAAUGUCGUCAACAACCUCAAACAUAUACAAUUCAGGCAGAAACUAUUGAUGCUCGUAGCAAACGUAUAUGUCCUAUUAUUCCGAAUAGUGAACUGGAAUAUUUUACUGAAGUUCGAUCAUCUAUAAUACCUUAUGGUUUACUUAUUCGUGUCUUUCAAUAA